UUUCUAUUGAAUACUCACUCCGAGCUAAACUUCAGGUCAUGCUAAUCCCAGAAUCCAAACACACUCCUCCACAAUCCCUAAAUCACAGCCUAAACCCUAAACUGUGUCCUGGUUGCAGCCUGCAACUUGCAGGGACCAAAGAUUAGACGAUGCAGAGAUUAUGUACGAAGCUCCGCUUUUUGGCUCUCCAAUCAACCCAAACUCUUCCCUCUCUUUCUGCUUCUCGUCGCAUUCUGCAUCAUUCGUUUCCUCCAGUCCACUUUAUUUCAACCAAAUGGAGCUUUGAACCCUUUCUCAAUAACAGUGUCGCAUCACCUCCUCUCGCCGUCAACUCCUUUUCUUCUUCCCCACUGCUUCUCUCUUUGGUCCAAGUCCGGCAUGUUUCGUCAAGAGAACGAGCAAAGAGGAGGAAGCCCAUGACUCCACGUACUUCCAAACUCAAGAAGAUUAAGAUGAAAUCUUAUUCGUCCUAUAAGUCCCGAUUUAGGACAAUGAAUGAUGGGAAUAUUCGUCGCUGGAGGGAAGGCAAAAAUCAUAAUGCACAUUUGAAGUCCAAGAAAUCAAGACGGAGACUGCGACAACCUGCUAUAGUACCUGCCGCAUAUGCAAAGGUGAUGAAGAAGCUCAAUUUUUGUACUUAAAUUUCUAGAAUCUUUCAUAGACAGUCAUGAAAGAGGAAGGUGCCUGCCUCUGCUCUCUCUUUUGUGCUAUUUGACUGACCACAUUAAAAUUUUAUGGUACAAACAUGCAGUAGAAGUGGGAGGAUUGAGAAACAAAUAAUAAGGCUUAUGUGGUGUUUCUUUUUCAUUAAUGAUUUUGGAUGCUUAGUUGA